AUGACUUCGAGCCCGCGGAAGUCGAUUGACAGCCUGGCUUCAGUUACCUCGAUACCAUCGCUGCAACAAUUCAGUCAGAAUACAUAUGACUCUCCUCGGAUUGCGCCGGCACAGCGAUUACCGCAGCGACGAUCGUCUACCGCUAGCUCUCUUGUUAGUAUCGGCGGGAUUUUGGAUUCGUCUACUCAUCGCUCUUCUAUUGCAGAGCUAGCCAUCUCAGCACUUCUACAACCACCCAUCGUUCGUACCGGUCUCGUCGCUCAUACCUCCAUACCGGCAACGGGUUAUAAACCACCCACAGCACGGGACAUACCUCCGGUGACGCUGACGAAUAUAUCGAAUGUCGAGUCCAAAGCAUUUCAGCCGUACCUUGAACAAGUCGGUUCACUGUACGAUGCGUUCCAACGAGCGAAAGAAGGAAGCGGAAACGAGGAAAAUGACUCUCAUUUGGUCAGGAACGAUGCAACUCUGUUUCCUUCAUCUGCACUCUCGCCUAGAAUUGAUGAAUAUGAUGGUCGAAGGACGCCUAUUCUAGAACGGCGUUUAUCCGGUGUGUCGACGAGUUCUCGCGCCCAUUCUCCGUUUGAUAUGAGAGGUAUGAGGCGUUCAUCGUAUGGUAAAGGUGCACAAGCAGUGACACCGUUGUCGACGAUACCGAAUGUGUAUUUUGAGGAGGAUUUCCAUCUUGAGAAUCCGCGUACCUUUGAUGUUGUGUCUGAGAAAUCAGAAGUUGUGCGUCAGCCAUCCAAAGCUUCGGAUCAGGCAGGUAAUGGUGCAGCUGUUGAACCCCCCGCAACUAGAAGGAAAGCACUUGCGACAAAUGCUAUUCUACAGGAAAAGCUCUCUUGGUACAUGGACACAGUGGAGAUACAUCUGAUAUCAUCAAUCUCUACGGCCUCAAAAUCCUUCUUCACCGCUUUGGGGUCAUUGCGUGAACUCCAUGCAGAGGCAGCGGAUUCCGUGAGACGAAUUCAGAUCUUGCGAAAGGAUUUGAACAAGAUCGAUAAGGAGAUGGCAAUGGGAGGACUGAAGGUUGUCAAGUUGCGCCAGCGGCGUCAAAAUAUUCGCAAGUUAGCCGAUGCUAUGAGCCAACUUCACGAAGUAGUUGAGGCCGUGACAGAGUGCGAAAACAUCAUCGACCAGGGAGAAGUCGAGGAUGCUAUUGAUGGGCUGGAUGAGGUGGGUCUACUGCUGGCUGGCGAACAGGCGACUAGACGUCGCAACCAGGACGCUGCUGAGCAGAGACCGCCAGUUGAUCUUAGAGGUCUUCAUGCUCUGCAAGGCAUCGACGAAGAACUCGCGAGAUUGAGACAACGGAUAGGUGUGAGAUACGAAAGCAGGUUUGUGGACGAUCUACUUACAGAUCUAAGGCGACAUAUUAGUAGUGUACCUGGAGAUGUUACACUACAACGCUGGGGUGCAUCAUUCCAAAGGAACCGGGGUGGACAUAGAGCUCCGCCUUCUAUCUCUCCAGCAUAUAUUGCUUUUGAUGGGGAGCUUAGGUCGAAACUACAUGCCGAAUUGGUAGGAUUAGGCCGAUCGCACUAUACAAUGCCCGCAGCUACAUCUUUCAAGACGGCUGUCUUGCGCGAGAUGAAAGCUCUUAUACGAAAACAUCUUCCUAGCUCGUCUGACGACGAUAAUGAGUCGGUCAUGUCGGCAUCUACGCACGGCGGACGACAGCUGAGUUCGCAAGAGAAGUCUUCAAUUUUAGCUCGAAACCUGCGAGCACUGGAUGCCGAUUCCGCGUAUGAUAUGCUCAAGCAGAUUUAUACGGGAGUUAGUGAAUCGCUGAGAAGAUUGGGUGUGCAAGUCAAGGUGCUGUUAGACAUUACCAGUGGACUUGGAGCUCAGCCAAGUCCAGCUAUUGCUCGGUCAGCGACACGUAGCCCUGAUCCACAGAACAUCAAGCAGACUCCACGUUCGCAUGGAAGUGCGGCUGAAGUGGCAGCUGUUCAGGAAGAGAUCCUUCAGGUUCUCGACAUGUCUAGCUUAUUAGGUCAAGCAGUGGACAUUGUGCAGUCACAGAUUGUAAAGGUAUUGAAAGUACGGUCUGAGCAGACAUCACACCUUCCCAUUGAGGACUUUUUGAGAUACUUUAGCCUGAAUCGACUCUUCGCCGACGAAUGCGAGGCUAUAUCUGGACGCAGUGGAACGUCCUUGAAGACGGUAGUCGACAACCAGAUUCGUGAUUUCAUUGUCAGGUUCAGUGACAACCAGCGACACAAGAUUGUGCAGGUCAUGGAUGCGGAUAAAUGGGAUGCCAGAGAUUUCGGCGACGUCGAAAAUGCUGUCCUCGAACGAAUCCUUCGUGCUAGUACGACCGAUGUGGAUCUGUGGUUGCAUGUUUCUAGGAUCUGGCAGCCUGCAGAAGCGGAGUCACCUGCGACGAACCCCAAUGCAGAGAAUGGGACUGGUGUAAACGGUUCGGCGAAGGAGAAAGAAAAACUACGCCAUGCUAGCUUUGAUGAACAGCGAUAUGUACUCCCUGAGUCUGCGGUGACGAUCAUGAAGAGUAUCGAGGAGUUUGAAUACCUGAUGGCAAACCUGCCUAGUAUGACCCAGGACAUUGGCUCGAAUCUGGUUGAAUGCUUGAAACUCUUCAACUCGCGAUCUUCGCAAUUGAUUCUUGGUGCGGGAGCUACCAGAAGUGCCGGACUCAAAAAUAUCAACACCAAGCAUCUUGCGUUAUCCUCACAAGCACUGAGCUUCAUCAUUGCGCUUAUUCCAUAUGUUCGAGAAUUUGCUCGCAGACAGUCACCGUCCAGUCAACUCAUGGGUGAAUUCGACAAGGUUAAAAGACUAUGUCAGGAGCAUCAAAAUGGCAUCCACGAAAAACUAGUGGAUAUCAUGGGAGGCCGGUCAGCUAGUCAUGUCAAUUCCAUGAAAAAGAUAGAUUGGGAUGCAGAAAAGGAUCUCAAGGCUGUUAGUGGAUAUAUGGAGACAUUGACGAAAGAGACGGCGACAUUGCAUCGUGUGCUUGUACGGCAUUUUCCUGAAAUGACCGUUAUGAUGAUUAUGGAACCGGUUUUUAAGAGUUAUAGGGAGCAAUGGAAAAAGGCUUUUCAGGAGGUUAACCUCAAGACGGAAUCAGGACGACAGAGGAUGCUUUCCGAUGUCGAAUACUUCAAAUCCAAGAUGGGCAAGAUAGACGGUUCCGGGGAUUUGGGUGAUACAUUGAUUCAAGUUGUGAAUGCGAAGACCAUAUUACCCGAGAAUAUAGCUGAACCAUCACCACAGACAGAAACUUCGUCUCCAUCGAACGAAGCGUCGUCAUCUCCACCCGUACCGGAGAAGGAUGACAAGAAAGCUGAUAGCAAGUCAUAAGAGUCGAUAUCCAUGAUGCUUGAGAAGACUACAUAUUAUACCACAUUAUUCUACUUUUCUCCGACUGUGAUUUAUUGUACCACGAUACUUACUACCUUAUACCUUUCCUUCUACGCUAUCUUCCCAGUUAGCAUUGUACAGGAAUACAGUUUAUUCUUAUGAGCGCCGAUUUUCAUUUCUCUUUUGCGUCUUUUUAGAACUGUACAUACACAUCUUUAAUUUAUGGAUAGAUGAAUGGAUCUUGUUGUAUGGGUAUUGUUUCGGGACUGGUCAUGCCAAUCCUUGAUGUCCCUAAAGACUAAAGAAGUAGGUUACGGUAUCGAAUAUCCAUCGACGAGCAUCGUAAUGUUCAGUCAUUUCUCAUUCAUCCAUUGAUGUCGCCGGACGCCAUUCAUUCAUUCAUUCAUUCCAAUAAUCCAUCCAUCCCUUCAUUUCAUUUCCGAACGUUCUAGAUUUAAACACCAGGCUGACUUCCCAAACCCUUCUUAUCACCCAAAGUCUUGGGCUCAUGACCACCUUUCCCUGAUCCGCUACCGGUGCUUCCUCCGCCACCACUAGCAAGAUUGUUUCCGCCCAUUGUCUCGGGGAGAUCAGCUGCUUUGCCGGAGCGGUCUAUAUCUGAGCCCUACAAAUUCACUG